GCAGCCCAUCCAGAGAGCGCGCCUGGCCUGUCCAUGGCUAGCAACAACACUGCUAGCAUAGCGCAAGCCCGCAAGCAGGUGGAGCAACUGAAGAUGGAGGCCAACAUCGACAGGAUAAAGGUGUCAAAAGCGGCAGCAGACCUGAUGGCGUACUGCGAAACCCACGCCAAGGAGGACCCUCUAUUGACCCCCGUCCCGGCCUCAGAAAACCCCUUUAGGGAGAAGAAGUUCUUCUGUGUGAUCCUCUAAAGCCUCCAGGAGCCUGACCGCCACUCAGGCCACCCUGAACACAGAGUUUUUAGGAACGGGGACGACCUGCUAGUCUGCAGAAUUUAAACAAAAAAUUAAAUAAAAUACAUGGUUUGGAAGCUACAGAGAUGUGCAUGUUUAAAGAACCUGGCCACCUUUGGGGGAAUAAGAUGAUCUGCAUUGCAAGGCAAAAGAUCUGAAGUCUGUAGAGUUGCCUAGAAAGAAA